AUGAUUGAUGAUCUCUACAACUCAUCGAAUUCAGCCGAUGUACUAGAUGAUCUACCGCUAGAUAUGACUGAAGAGGAGAUUGUGGGGUUAAUGGAAAGUAUGAGUAUGGAUGGAUCAGCCGAAGAAGGAGAAGGAGAAACAUAUGGAUAUGAAGUUUUUGGAAAUCAUAUCGAUACGAAUACAAACGGAAGCGCACCAUUCAGACGAGAAGAACUCUCGGAACCGGAGAUAAUAGAUUCAUUUGCCCCUUCAUCCUCAUCCUCUACCAUCCAAAUCAAAAACACACCAUUGGCCCCACCCCCUCUGUCCACUCAGCAUCCACCUCUACCUGCGCCAGAUCCUCCACCAGACCAUCAGACUCGAUUUGACUGGCGUGCACGCGCAUCCAGUCAACUGCGUAAAAUAGCAUAUAGGGGAUAUUGGUUUUGGAACGCACCUAGAAGGAAAGAAGUGCCUUGGACGAAAUUGCAGUUUGGUGAACAAUAUAGAGAUGAGCUGGAUAGAUAUGCAAAUCACUUCAUGCCCCUCCUCGAAGCUGAACAAGCAGAAGAAGAACGUCUAUUCAACUCCCGUAUAGCCGAAUGGUCCUUCGACAGACUGAAAAGAGAAGGAUAUGCUCUGGAUGAAAUGAGAGGAUCGAAAGGGUAUCAACCGAAAUCGAUGAUUGGUCUUGGGACUGUGUAUGGCUUUGUAAGGGGAAAAGGCGAUCGGGAAUUGCCAUUCAACAGAUUCACCAUCGGAAGCAACGUCAUUCUCAGUAGGACAGAUCCCCUAGUCGACGCCGUUGGCGCCACAGCGGACGGCAAGAACAAGCUCGUUGGUAGUGUAUGGAAUAGCAGCAAAGGUAAUAUCAGGAUCAUGUUUCCUCAGGAUAUAGAAGAUAUAGAUAAUGGUUAUUGGAGACUCGAUGUGGCUUGUAGUGAUUUUGCCAUUCGACGUCAGAUCGAAGCUAUCAAAUCGCUUAAUCUCGAUCCUUACGAACAGGAUAAGGGCGAUUUCCCACAGGAUCAGCCCAAUUCUGCUGCACUUGCAUCGCCAGCAUCACCUGCUCUUCCCUCCUUCAUACCCGACAAGAAGAGGAAGGAUCAAUCCAUCUUACGAGGUACUGCUCUUCGUGACCUGCUGCUUCGACCUUUCCAGGGGCUUUAUUCUCCACUCACUCGUUCGAACCCCCCUCACCACACCUUACCUACCGACCAUAUCGUACAAAAUACGAACGAGAUGAAAUCUUCGGAUCUCGAUGCUGUACCUGAACCUAUACCUCAGGACACGACGGCCACCAGUGUCCUGGUCAAGAACCAGCUUAUACAAAGUUGGACUGACCGAUAUCGUCGUCCCGGUCUGCCAGUUGAGAUCGAAGGCGAUCCUAAAGUGGGAUUGAACGAGAGUCAGAUGCGAGCCAUAGCUAUGAUGUUGAGUGAGAGAUUGAGCUUGGUACAAGGUCCCCCAGGAACAGGUAAAACGCGUGUCAUAAUCGAAACAAUCAAAUUACUCAAGAAACACUGGCAGAUCCCCCAUCCGAUCCUAGUCACUGCGCAUACCAACGUAGCUGUCGAUAACCUCCUUUCUGGCUUACGAGCUCAUGAUAUCAAAGCGUUGCGAUUCGGAGCCAUCAAUCGGAUACCUGAAGAAUACAGUGAAUGGACAUUGGAUAGGAUGAUUGGUCAACAUCCUAGUUGGUGGAGCUUGGAGAUGGCAAGGAAAGAGAAAGAUACGUUGUUGGAAAAGAAACUGACACUGAAAGAUGGUUGGAGUCCGGAAGAUGAUGCCCGGUUGACUAAAGUCGGUCAGAAAAUAUGGGUUGUGAGACAAGCCAUCAUGAGAGAAGUUCUGUUAGAUGCGGAUGUCAUCUGCACGACCUGCCUAUCAGCUACUUCAAGAGCCCUCCAGGGUAUAGAUUUUCCCCUUGUGUUUCUGGACGAAGCGAGCAUGGCUACCGAACCACUUUCACUUGUCCCGCUGACAAAGGGUUCCUGCCACGUUGCCAUCAUAGGUGACCACAAGCAACUACCGCCUGUGAUCUUAUCUUCCGAAGCUCACGCUGGUGGACUCGCCACAAGUCUGUUUGAAAGGCUCAUACAUGAAGGUAAUAUACCAUCUAUAAUGCUCGAUACGCAAUAUCGAAUGCAUCCAACUUUAUCUACCUUCCCUUCAAAAACGUUCUAUUCGAACUUGCUCAAAAAUGGUACAUCCGCUUCCCAACGACUACCUCCAGACACUGAAUUCUUAGUUAGAGACAGUCAAACGGGACAAAGAAGGAAUAUCACUUUUCUCAAUCAUGAUCAUCCCGAAUCACCGAUAUCGAAAAGUCUAGCGAAUUACGGUGAUGCGGAGUAUGCUUGUGAUGUGAUUACUGAUUUGAUGUAUAAGAAUCCGACACUCAAAGGAUCUGAUAUCGGAAUAAUCACACCAUACAUCUCUCAACUGCGCUUACUUUCCAACCACCUCUCUGACCCCCAACGUCUCGAUGCUUUCCGAGAUCUAUUGGGCGAAGACAGAGUAAGGCAAUUGGAAGAUAUUGAAAUUAAGACUGUUGAUGGAUUUGAAGGCAGAGAAAAGGAAGUCAUCAUCUUCAGUGCGGUGAGAUGUAAUGAUGCUGGAUGGAUCGGGUUUCUGGGCGAUUGGAGGAGAGUCAACGUGGCUAUGACUAGGGGUAGGAAAGCACUGAUCAUGAUUGGAUCGAAGAGGACAUUACAAAAGGCGCGGAUUGGAAAGAGUGGAGAAGAGACUUUACCUUCUGGAGGAGCGAAAGUGUGGAGGGAGUUGAUAGGUUGGUUGGAAGAGGAGGGAUGUAUUUUGGAUGUGGAGUAG